UAAAGAAAAGCGUAUUUAUUUUACUUAUCUUUUUGAAUUAAAAAGGCCUUAAUAUUUGAUAAAGAAAAAGGCUUUAAUCUAGUAUAUGGGGUAAAAAGUUACAAGGUAAAAACAAAAAAAAAAAGAUAAGUUUAUCCUCAUAUAGUACCUGGAAAUAACAGCAAGUAAAAAAACAAAGAUAAGUACAAUGCCUGAGUACAUGAACAAAUACACAACACACAUAUAUGCAAAGAAAUCAGGAACAAGAUAAGACGUAAAGCUAUUUGCCUUCUCCUCUUCAUCUCCCUCUCUAAGCACUUCAGUGAUUAUCACCAAUGGCGGCUUCUCUCUUCUUCAUGCCAACAGACCAAAACCCAAACGAGUUUCUGAGAAACACUUACCUUGUCAAUGACUCCAGCGAGAUCCCGACAGAGCCGCCACAGAAUAGUCAUGGUCGGAUGCCGGGAUCCGAGACAGGGAACCAAAAACCAAAGAAACAAGUGCUGAGAGGGAUGGGUGUGGCAAGGCUCGAGCGACUCAGAAUCGAAGGAGAAAGGAAGAACAUGGUCCUAGCCCAAGGAGGAAGAGGAGCGAGCCCUAACGCUACCCGUUCACCCGAUCCGGGUGUUGUGCUACAAGGCUUCCCAAGCUACGGUACUGGUGGGCCCAACAUGUCUGUCGGAGGGUAUACUCGAAACGGGUCGGGUCAGAUCCCGGUUUAUUCCCCAUGGGGUGUUGUAGGGACCUCCACUCACGAGCCCUCUUCAUUCCCAACUCCUCAAGUGUAUAACCACUGUGAUGUUUGCUUCAAGAGGCAACGUAUCAAUGAAGAAGUACGAGCCAACGGUGGUGGGUUUCCGCAAUACACAAUGGUUCCUCAUUUUCUUCCACCAGAUCAGAGGAGCCAAAGCUUCUUAUACGAUCAUAGAAUCACCAGAUAUUCAGCCUCACCUUCUGCUUCUACUAAUCAGGGCUCAAUGGAGGAACUUGGGAGCGGAAGCCCUAGAAACGGAACAGGAGAUGUGAAGGAGUACCAGUUUUUCCCUGGAAGCGAUGGUAAUAAAUCGGUUUCAUCAGUGUCUACAUCAGUUGGUGAUUGCAGUCCCGACACAUCCACCAUCGAUUUGUCCUUGAAGCUUUAAAUGUUCUUUAACAUAUUUUUGAAACAUUUCUGGAGAAUUCUCUCACCUUUUCUCUCUUUCUAUAAAAUAUAAACAAUUCGUCUUUUUGAUUUCAUAUAAUACAGUAAAAAAAAUUAUGAACAGAAGAAGAAAAACCCUUUUUGGUGUAUGCAUCUGAAGGCUAAAACGAAAGAAAGAUUCAGGUUUUUGAUUACCCUUUUGGUUGUUUAUUAUGAGAUUCUAACCUAAACAAUCAGACAUGUGUUCUCUGUUCUCUUCCUUAAUUUGUGUCAUGAGACUUCUCUCCUUUCCCUCUCUCUCUCAAGCUGUGUCAGAUCUCUUGGGGCUUGGAACCAUUUUGUGUUUCUUUAGUUAUGCAAUGAUGCUGUCAUGAUUCAGGUUAUCACCUAAUCCUCGGUUUAAGAACUGUGUGUCUGAUUUUCCUGUUAAUUUGAUGAGAUAAAUAUAUCAAAUUUUUCUUCAUUGUAGCUUGUCCAAGGAUGUUGCAUAAAAUGUAGAGAUAGAGAAAUAUGAUUUCUAACUGUGAGACUGAGUAGCAUUAGAUGCUCCUUUUCAUCAUUUUUUUUAAACAUCUCCUUUCAUCUAUAACCGUAUAUAUAUUAUUAUGUAAAAUUGUCUUUCGGUAAUGUUUUUUUUUGUAUGAUUUGUGAAUUUUUUGAGCAAAAGCUUUUUUGUAUGAUUUGUUGCAUUAGAAUGCUACAUCAUUGAGAGGGAGAAAGAUAAAUGAAAAGAAUUGUGAAACUGAAAAAAAAAGAAUCAAAGAUUGUUGUGUUGAAGACAGUCUUUGUACUUGUCUCCUGCAGCCUAUAUGAGAGAGUUCUAUUUCUCAAUAUUUUUUGUCCACAUUUUUGAUGAGUAGGGGAUGUGGCGACUCAGCCUCACCAUGCUUCUUUCUAUUCCUUUCUCUCCAAAUCACAUAGAGACGUUCGGAGCAUGAAUAACGCAUGGUCGGGGCCGUCGGGCAUAUCUUUUGGUUGCACUAGAUGUGUAAUGCAAAUCCAAUUCGUUGUGUAUUUCUCUGCCAGCAUCCCUUUAGUCAGCUUCUCUCACAUAAAAGCAGAAUAAGAACAGGUGAAAAAUAGGUGUUCCACGAUUCCCAUGGCCAUUUGCAUAAAACACACACAAGGGAUUGAUGUUUGAGUCCAUUUUGUUAUUCGAUCACAUGUGGCUAGACGAUUCUUCAUCGCUAGCCAUAGAAGGGAAUACCUGGGAGUGACAUACUGAGACCAGACUCCAUUUGACCAGCUGAUACAUGAUGGGUGCGCCUCUCUUAUAUGCCCCCAUGUGUCUUUAGUCGAAAAUUUCUUCUUGUAUUUGUCAAUCUUACAUUUCCACAGAGCAACAUCCAUUGUCUAUUUUUCAAAAAAAGGAAGAAAAUCAUUGUCUGUGAAUUCCUCACCCGAUUUAAAUCAAUCUAUGCGUCCACCUCAUUUAACAGGCUGUCCCUCUGAUUUCUCUUACAAAAUUAAAGAAAUUUUAUGAUUGUUAUAUAGGUAAAACUGUGUGUUGUAUAUAUAUACGUUGUCAGUUUUUCGUAAAGAUGCAUCAUGCAUGCACUUUGAAUAGUUAAAAUCAAGAUAUGCUUCCCAGAUUUCAAGAUUACUCAUAUUUCGCGAGCGUUGAAC